AACCUAUUAACCAAGAAACAAAAAAAAUCCAUGAAACCUUUAUCGGAGGAAUCAAUUCCUUUCCUCCUCUCUCUUUCUUACGCCUUGAGAGCUCUCCGAAGGAUCAAUUCCUUUGUGCAUUUUUUUUUUAUUUUCUCUGUAGUCUGUACAUUUCAGAUCCGUUAGCAUGGCGGCUUCAUUGCAGUAUUAUCGUCAUCUUAAUACCUCUUCUCAUUUGCGUUCCCCUGAAAGUAAAAUUUUGAGACUCAGUCGCCACCAGGGAACUAUUGUUGAUACGAUUCAACAAAGUAAUGAGACUAAAAAUCCAAGUUUAGGCGAAGCCAACAACCAAUUGACGUGUGUUAUGAAGUUUGGAGGCUCAUCCGUGGCAUCUGCUGAGAGGAUCAGAGAUGUUGCGGCGGUUAUCCUCAGCUUCCCAAAUGACAGGCCAGUAAUUGUUCUCUCUGCUAUGGGAAAAAUAACGAAUAAGCUUUUGUUGGCGGGAGAGAAGGCUGUUAGCUGUCGAAUCACUAAUGUGGAAACCAUGGAUGAGUUGGGUUUCAUAAAGGAUCUGCAUCUUCGGAGUGUAGACAAGCUCGGAGUUGAGAGGUCAAUAAUUGAAGGUGAGUUUUGUUUGCUCUUUGAUUCAGUUGUAUGGAAGGAUGUUGACAGUGUCUUGACCUGUGAUCCUAAUAUAAACCCACAUGCAGAACACGUCCCCUAUUUGACAUUUGGAGAGGCAGCUGAACUUGCUUACUGUGGUGCUAAGGUCCUGCAUCCACUAUCCAUGAGACCAGCUAGGGAGGGUGAUAUUCCUGUCAAGGUUAAGAAUUCUUACAACCCUACUGCACCAGGAACUCUUAUCACAAGAGAUAGAGAUAUGAGUAAGGUUUGUAAUAGCUGAUUGUUUGCAUAAUGCAAUGUAGAGGAAUCCACUCUACAUUAAUGGUUCUUUUCCUCAUGACAGUCAGUGCUUACUAGCAUUGUUUUGAAAAGGAAUGUUACAAUGUUGGAUAUUGUCAGUACUCGCAUGCUUGGUCAGUAUGGCUUCCUUGCAAAGGUCAGAAAGGGCGUAUUCUA